GUGGGCGCGCGGGGCUGCUCGCUAGCCCAGAGUGCACCGCGGGCACGUGUGUGCGCGCGCAGCUCCGCUGCUGAGGCCGCGGGAAAAUUCCAAAAAAGUCAAAACAAAACAAAAAGCCAACACGAGGCCGAGCCAAGUUUUCAAGCCACAGAACCCGGGCGGUGGCUUCCUUUCCGCCACAGCACAAACUGCUGAAGCAGCUCUGGCGAGGACCACCCGAUCUGAAAUGUGCUCCAUCCCUUCGGCACGUGGCAGGCUGCUGUGAAGGGACAUCCAUUCCCUUUUUUUGUCAUGGCUCAGGAGUCUGGAGACCUAGUGUCUGACUGUCAGUUUUGGCUGCAGAAGCUUUCUGGGUGGGACCAGGCCUCCACUCUGGAAACUCAGCAGGACACCUGUCUUCACCUGCCUCGGUUCCAGGAGUUCCUGAGACAGAUGUACGAAGCCUUGAAAGAGAUGGAUCCUGAUACGAUCAUGGAAAGAUUCCCCACAGUUCGUCAACUGUUAGCAAAAACCUGCCAGAAUCCUUUUAUCUUAGCAUACGAUGAAAGCCAGAAAAUUGUAAUAUGGUGCUUAUGUUGUCUGAUUAACAAAGAACCACAGAGUUCUGCAGAAUCAAGACUUAAUUCCUGGGUUCAGGGUUUAUUAUUGCAUAUACUUUCACCAUUCAGAUUUGAUGUAAAAGAAGUUGGCCUUUUCACUCAGUGUCUUGGGUACGACCCUGUAGAUUACUAUCCCGGUUUGCUUAAAAAUAUGGUUUUAUCAUUAGUGUCUGAGCUCAGAGAGAAUCAUCUUAAUGGAUUUAACACUCAAAGACGGAUGGCUCCUGAGCGAGUGACGUCCCUGUCGCGAAUCUGUGUUCCACUUGUUACUCUGCCUGACUUCGAACCCCUGGUGGAGGCUCUGCUCACCUACCAUGGCCACGGGCCUGAGGAAGUCCUCUGGCCCCAGUUCUUUGAAGCCGUCAGUGAGGCCUUUUUGCUGAGGAAGAUUUCUCUGCCCGCAUCAGCUGUCAUCAGUCUGUGGCUUCGGCACCUUCCCAGCCUUGAAAAAGCAACGCUGCAUCUUUUUGAAAAGCUCUUCUCCAGAGAGAGGAAUUGUCUGAGGAGGAUUGAGUGCCUUAUUAAAGAUUCAUUGCUGCCGCAAGCAGCCUGCCAUCCCGCCGUAUUCAGAAUCGUUGAUGAGAUGUUCAGGUGCGCACUCCUGGAAACGGAUGGAGCCCCAGAAGUCCUAGCUGCCCUUCAGGUGUUUACACGGUGCUUCCUGGAAGCUCUGGAAAAAGAAAACAAGCAGCUGAAGUCUGCGCUCAGGGCCUACCUUCCUCACGCCCCUCCGCCUCUUGCCACGGUGCUGUCGCAACUUCCCUACGAUCUCCCCCCGGGACGCUGGCUCCAGCCUCUGCAGCACAUUUCCCAGCUGCUCAGAGAAGCGGUUGAAGCCCAGGCUCACGGGUCCCACCGAGGGCCUCUGGAGAGCUGGUUCCUGCUCGCCCACUUUGGAGGAUGGGCUGACAUGGCAGCUGAGCUGUUGCUGAGGUCGGAGGCGGACCCCCCUGCGGCCCUGCUGUGGCUCCUGGCCUUCUACUACAGCCCACGGGAGGGAGGCCCGCAGAGAGCACGGACCAUGGUGCAGGCGGGGGCCGUGCUCCACCGCCUCCGGCAGCUGUCAGGACGCGGCCAGCUCUCAGCCAGGGAUCUGCAGGCUGCCGCAGGGGAGCGCAGCCCGGCCGACCCCAGCGCGCCUGCGUGCGGCCCGCUCGUCAGGCGCCUCCUCCUCGGCUUCCUGCUCGGGACUCCUGAGGGCCGCACCAUCGCCCGGGAAGCCGUGGCCUCUGGCCGCGAGCAGCCACGGGCCUCUCACGCCGGUCACAGGGCUUCCCUUAAGGACAUGCUGUUCAUCGCCUAGAACUCCUUCCCCAAGCCCAGGCGGCGGAGGAGCGGGAGGAGCGUGGGGCCACCAGACUGCGCCCGGUGAGGCUGCGAAUGAGGCAGCGGGCCUUGACUGACCCCACAGACUCGGCACCCGUGAGAAGACGGGCCCGCCGGGCCUGGCCCACAUCGAGGACGUCUGUGCAUCAAAGGACGCGACCAAGAAGCCCAGAGGCAGUCCUCGGGUGGGAGGAGGUGUUUAAACUUGUCCGCUAAGGGCUCCAUACGCUGCAACAAGAUGACCGAAUCCAAAAGGGCGAAGGCCUUGACCAGCCAGUGCUGCAGAGACGUCGGGGUGGCCAGGAAGCAUUUGGGAAGGUGUCAGCAGCACUGGUCAUGAGGGAAGCUGGCACCGAACCAGCGAGAUUCCCUGCUCCUCCACUGCGUGGCUGAUCAGAGGUCAGAGCAUGGCGGCCGCGCAUCAAAGGCGCUGGGCCUCUCAUUCUCCCAUUGGCAGGGUUAAAAUGGUCCAUUGAUGGCACCAGAGCUGCCACAGGACAGGCACCCUCACUCCAGUGCGCAUACCCCACGGAACUGAAAGCGGGCGCGAGUAGAUUUUGUGCAGCAGCAUUCUCAACAGCCACAGGGUGGAACACCACCACCAGCCUCACCAACACCAACACACAACACGGAGCCUCCGUGUGGGGUGGAACAUUACCUGACCUGGAAAGGAGGUCCUGGCCUGAGGCUGUGACAAGGUGGACCUCGAAGGUGCUGUGUGAGAGAAAUAAAGUGGGUACAGGGAGGACUCUGUGUGACCCAGGGCAGGAGGUGCCUGGAUGGAGCUCACGGAGACAGGAAGCAGAGCAGCGGGUGCCAGGGGCUGGGGCUGGUGGAGCCGAGGUCGGUGUUUCACGG